CAUAAUGAACAUAAGUGAUACAUUGAACAUUUUUGUAUUUAUAUAUGUCUCCUGGUACAUAGGUUGAAGGGUCUUUGUAGGCUGUAUACUUGGGAGUGGGAUUCCUAGGAUAUGACACAAGUGCAUUUUCAGCUUUACAACAUUUAUUGUUUCUUCAAAUAUGCCUCUUUUUUGUUAUUCUUUUAAUUUUGAUGAAAUUUACAAAAUAGAUACUUAACCUUAUAAAGUGUACAAUUCAUUUCCAUUUAGUGUAUUCACAGUGAUGUGUAUCCACUACCUCUCAUUUCAAAACUUUUUCAUCACCCCCCAAAACCAAACCAUUAUCCGUUAAGUAACCAGUCCCUAUUCCCCCUCCCCUCCAUCUCCUGGUAACCACUGGUAUGUCUCUAUGGAUUUACCUUUUCUGAGUGUAUCAUAAAAAAGGAAUCAUAGAGUAUGUGACCUUUUGUGUCUGGAUUCUUUUGCUUAGCAUAUUAGUUUUGUUUGUUUGUUUGUUUUGGCCACACUGCAUCUCUUGUGGGAUCUCAGUUCCCCGACCAGGGAUUGAACCUGGGCCACAGCAGUGAGAGCGCAGAGUCCUAACCAUUGGUCUGCCAGGGAAUUCCCUGGAUAAUAUUUCAUUGUGUGUAUAUAUGCCACAAUUUUUUUUUAUCCAUUUGUCCACUGAUGGACAUUUGCCUUAUUUCCACCUUUUGGCUAUUAAUGAAUUAUAAAUAAUGCUGCUAUAAACAUUUGUGUCCAAGUUUCUUUGUGCAUGUCUUGGAUAUAUACCUAGGAGUGGAAUUGCUGAUGCUUGUUUUUGAUAGUUUCUUAUUUCUUGCUUGUUAGUUUUCUUUUGAUGAGUAGGUUUUUUAUAUUCUCCAUUUGAAAAUUCCAGUAUCAGAAAUAUUUGGGGAUAUAAAUGUUUUGACUCUCCUUCAUUGAGGCUUGUUUUCUUAUAUGUUAUGGCUCUUUGAUUGCCAGUUUAUAUUUGAUCUUAGUCUGGGGGAAUCUUAAGGGCCUAAUAAGUUGGGGAUUCUUUGGCCAGAGAAAAUUUCUUUUGCUUCUGUUAGUGCCGGAUGUGUCACCUACCUGGGAAUACUUCAGCUCCUUUCCAGGAUCCCCAGCCUAAUGUGGAUGUCUCUGGUUCAGCCCCCUCACCUUGUUUCUGAUCCACCUCAGAGCCCUCAGGGUGCUUCACAGAAUGAUGAUGGCUCCAGACCCAAGGAUGAAACAAGAGCGAGCACAAAUGGAUCAGACCAUCCUGAGGAUGCAGGGUCUGGUGAAAAUAGGAGGGUCAAUGGGAACAAUUCUCCAUCACUCUCAAAUGGCGGUUUUAAACCUUCUAGGCCUCCAAGACCUUCACGACCACCUCCACCUACCCCACGUAGACCAGCAUCUGUCAAUGGCUCACCAUCUGCCACUUCUGAAAGUGAUGGCUCUAGUACAGGCUCUCUCCCACCAACGAAUACAAAUUCAAAUACAUCUGAAGGAGCAACAUCUGGAUUAAUAAUUCCUCUUACUAUAUCUGGAGGUUCAGGCCCUAGGCCAUUAAAUCCUGUACCUCAAGCUCCCCUCCCACCCGGUUGGGAGCAGAGAGUGGACCAGCAUGGACGAGUUUACUAUGUAGAUCAUAUUGAAAAAAGAACAACGUGGGAUAGACCAGAACCUCUACCUCCUGGCUGGGAACGGCGGGUUGACAACAUGGGACGUAUUUAUUAUGUUGACCAUUUCACAAGAACAACGACGUGGCAGAGGCCAACAUUGGAAUCCGUCCGGAACUAUGAACAGUGGCAGCUCCAACGUAGUCAGCUUCAAGGAGCUAUGCAGCAAUUUAACCAGAGGUUCAUUUAUGGGAAUCAAGACUUGUUUGCUACAUCACAAAAUAAAGAAUUUGAUCCCCUGGGUCCCCUGCCACCUGGAUGGGAGAAGAGAACGGACAGCAAUGGCAGAGUAUAUUUUGUCAACCACAAUACUCGUAUUACACAAUGGGAAGACCCCAGAAAUCAAGGUCAAUUAAAUGAAAAGCCCUUACCUGAAGGCUGGGAAAUGAGGUUCACAGUAGAUGGAAUUCCAUAUUUUGUGGACCACAAUAGAAGAACAACCACCUAUAUAGAUCCCCGCACUGGAAAAUCUGCCUUAGACAAUGGACCCCAGAUAGCCUAUGUACGGGACUUCAAGGCAAAGGUUCAGUAUUUCCGGUUCUGGUGUCAGCAACUGGCCAUGCCACAGCACAUAAAGAUUACAGUGACAAGAAAAACAUUGUUUGAGGAUUCCUUUCAGCAGAUAAUGAGCUUCGGUCCCCAAGAUCUGCGAAGACGUUUGUGGGUGAUUUUUCCAGGAGAAGAAGGUUUAGAUUAUGGAGGUGUAGCAAGAGAAUGGUUCUUUCUUUUGUCACAUGAGGUGUUGAACCCAAUGUAUUGCCUGUUUGAAUAUGCAGGGAAGGAUAAUUACUGCUUGCAGAUAAACCCCGCUUCUUACAUCAAUCCAGAUCACCUGAAAUAUUUUCGUUUUAUUGGCAGGUUUAUUGCUAUGGCUCUGUUCCAUGGGAAAUUCAUAGACACAGGUUUUUCUUUGCCAUUCUAUAAGCGUAUCUUGAACAAACCAGUUGGUCUCAAGGAUUUAGAAUCUAUUGAUCCAGAAUUUUACAAUUCUCUCAUCUGGGUUAAAGAAAACAAUAUUGAGGAAUGUGGUUUGGAAAUGUAUUUUUCCGUCGAUAAAGAAAUUUUAGGUGAAAUCAAGAGUCAUGAUUUGAAACCCAAUGGUGGCAAUAUUCUUGUAACAGAAGAAAAUAAAGAGGAAUAUAUCAGAAUGGUAGCUGAAUGGAGGUUGUCUCGUGGUGUUGAAGAACAGACACAAGCUUUCUUUGAGGGCUUUAAUGAAAUUCUUCCCCAGCAGUAUUUGCAGUACUUUGAUGCAAAGGAAUUAGAGGUUCUUUUAUGUGGAAUGCAAGAGAUUGAUUUGAAUGACUGGCAAAGACAUGCCAUCUACCGUCAUUACACUAGGACAAGCAAACAAAUCAUGUGGUUUUGGCAGUUUGUUAAAGAAAUCGAUAAUGAGAAGAGAAUGAGACUUUUGCAGUUUGUUACUGGAACCUGCCGAUUGCCAGUUGGCGGAUUUGCUGACCUCAUGGGGAGCAAUGGGCCACAGAAAUUCUGCAUUGAAAAAGUUGGGAAAGAAAAUUGGUUGCCUAGAAGUCAUACCUGUUUUAACCGCCUGGACCUGCCACCCUACAAGAGCUAUGAGCAACUGAAGGAAAAGCUGUUAUUUGCUAUUGAAGAAACAGAAGGAUUUGGACAAGAGUGACUUCUGAGAGCUUGCACCGCCAAAGGACAAGAACUUAUUUGCAAUGUUUGUCCUUUUCCUUCUUUGCCUAUUGCACAUCUUGUAAAAUUGGACUGUGACUGUUUAGAGAGUUACCUUGAGUGUAAGUAAAUUAAUGUUAUCGUUGAGACUUAUCUCCCAGUGAUUCUGGAUUUCUUCUCAAUGUUCCAGAACUCAGAUCUGCAAAUGACUAGUCAAAACCGUACUUAACAUGGAAUUAACAUAAAAAUGAAAUCUGCCUUGUCUUAUUCCACUAGAUUGUUUCCUUAACAAAAAUUUUGUAUAUGUGUAUCAGAAGUCUCAUUUGGGAGUAGGGUUUUUUCUUUUAGAGAUUCUGAAAAUAUGCAGGGAAGUCCCUUGGUAACUAAAAUAUGUAAGAUCUUCCUGUUAAGCCUCAUGGUAAGAGGUAUUUGUUUAAAAUAGCCCAGCUUCUGGGGAUGUGAGCAAACUUCUGGCUUGUGCUCUCCCUCUUAUUUCAGCCUGGCCUGACUGUUGUUUUUCCUUUCCGGAGCAUGAAAUCCAUGCAUCAUUUUGAUGUUAUCUCUAGAAAGGAGAGAUGUGAGACUCUUGUAUCUCUCUACAAAGUAGUUUUGUUAAUUUGAAUUCAGAGAGAAGUUGGUCCCAGCCUGCAAAUGACUGCAUAACUCUCUUCAUUUGGAAGUUUGUUGUAAUUGCCUUGCAAAUACUAAACUUCACAAACAAUAUUAACACUGUGCUUCCUUCACUGUCUGUAUAAAAGUUAACCUAGAAUUGGAAUUAAUUUAGCUGAAUUAUUUGAAGGCCAUCAACAAUUUUUAUAUGUUCCUGUAUAUUAAUUGCAUCUUUAUAAUUUUAUCAUAAUCCAGCAACUUCAGUUACGUUUAAUUAUUGCUAAGGAGUUCAAGUUAUAACUAGAGUGCUUUCUAAUCCAAGUAGAGGUCAAUGAAACAUCCUGUAAAAUUACAUUUUCAUUAGGGAGGGAGAGCUGUGGUACUGGCUAAAAAGAAGGGAGUAAUACGUUUAUUCACAAUACAUUUCUAGUAACCACAGAAAUGUAUUCUGUAUGUGAAUUAAAACUUUUUAAGUUGAUAAUUUCUCUGACACCUGUUAGAGUAGUUAUUUCCAUUCUUUCCCUUGUCCUGAUCUGGAUAUUCUGUUCACCUCUAAAAAUUUUAACAGGUUUUCCCCAUGACUGUUAGAUUGCUCUGUUAGUAACUGAUUAAUGAAUGCACUUUGACCUUCUCUGUGGGAACUUUUUUAACUUAGCCUGCUUAGACUCUGUCAGGAUGACAGCUGUCAGAGGUUUGACUUUAUGGACAGUGGGAGGAAGCCGAAGCCAGCUGAGUGCCUAUCAUAGCUGAACCCUGAGGACAGCCUCAUAACUCAUGAGAUAGGGACUUUGGCAGGUUUCAGUACCAUAGCAUGAACAAAUAGCAUUGAGCCAAAAAUCAGCAGAGAAUAGCAAACCCCUCUCGUAUAUGGAAAGAAAAUGGGGGUUUUUGUCCCUAACUACUCUUCCUUUUACAUCUUGGAAAAACAAAAACACUUUGCAACUUGUGUAUCUGUACUCUAAAACACUGCCAUCAUAAAGCAUACUUAAGUGAGUGAAAGGGUUGCCUCAUCCAGAAAUUGUUAGUGUAAAGGGAGAGAUGGGGCUCCCCCCAAUCCUAUCUUUAUUUUGAUUUUAUUCUACUUACUCUAGGAAAUGUAGUACAGUCUCUAAGCCCUAGUUGUUUUCAAAGUAGUGACUCUGCCUUUUUGUUGGUAGGGGGCAAAAAACUCUUGCUUUGUCUUACAGAGCGAAUGUCUGCCAACUACCCAUUCGUUACAUAAGUCUGAAUUUUGGUAAUAUAUGGCUAUGGAGAUUAAGCCUUCUAUAAAGACUUCCUAUUGAGGUGAAUGCUCACAUUGAAAUGUAGUUACCUACAAUAUUUACUAGAGAUUUAUGAGAUUAAAUUAAGAGAUAAUGUAAGAAAGUAGACUUUUUUUGUUCUACAUAAUGCUUGAUGAUUCAUUUAGGGACCUAGAAAUAUUGUUCAAAAAUGUAUAAAUAUCAUCCAAAAGGCUUUCUGCCCUAUAUUUUUAAAAUACAGAAUAGUUAUAUUUGAAGUAGUCCUGGCCCUAGUUCUAUAGGGCUUGGCUAUUUAAUAUUUUUAUGGAAGAAACGUUUAGUUCUGGAAAAGGUAAAUGCUUGUAUAUAUUUUUGCAGCCUGGGAUCUCCCUUACUCCAUUUCUUCCUUUAAUUUAAAUGGCCACAUGUAUAUGUCUUUCCCUGCUGUGUUAGGAAAAUGGGGGCUGGAUAUCCCAAGAAUCAGAGGUUAUAUAAAAAUACUGCAAAUAGACAGCAGACAUAAAUAUCUACCAAAUACUAUCUUAAAUUUUGGUCCAAAUUGAUCAUUUGGAAAUAGAUUUAUUGUAAGUGUUUAAUUAGAGCGAUUUCUUAAAUCUGAACUAAAUUGCUUUUAGAGUCCAUUUUUCUUUGUAAGCAUUGUAAAUGCUAAUAAAUACUGUUAAUUUUUUUACUGCAUGUUAUGUUGAAAUAAAAACAAAGUAAAAUGAGCAAUUGCCUUAUUCUUCUGCUCUUUUGGGAGGCUGGGGAAUGCAGCAUUUCACAUAAUCUGGGUCUGGAGGGAAGGACCUCACUUGUUUCAUCAAAUAGAGUGAUUUAAAACUGGUCCAGCAGCUCAUAAUAAUGAAUUACUGCUCUGUCUUUUAUGAUCUUAUAUCAGAGUGCAGAAGAAUGUAAUUUCAUAAGACUUACAAUAAUUCUAUUUAAAAUUCAGGUACUAGUUUUUCAUCAGGAGAUUGACAUACCAAUGUCAAUUCAUCUGAAAUUUUAGUGAAACAUGACUCACCUGCCCAAAGAGGUCUCAUCCUAAAUGAACUAUUUCAGUCAAACUCUCUCUGCUACUUUUUAUUUACCUGGUUAAUAAUCUGAAAUGUUAUUAGGGAUGACUCAUGGAAUUAGAUUUCUCUAUUUUUAUAUCCCUCCUUGUUUUGGAUGUAACUCCAUCCUUUUAAACUCCUUUAGGUUAACUACUUCUAUUUAAUAUUAUUGGCAUCUCCAGCCCCCCUCAUUUUUUUGUUUUUCUUUUAGAGUUAUUUACAAAAUUAUUUGUAUAUAUGCUAUGCUUUCAUUAACCAAAAAUGGAAUGGCAGCACUGGAUUGUAUAUUACUGUAUUGGAGUUCCUUUGUUUUCAUGAACUGUAAUUUCAAACACUCAGGUAACUUUACAAAUACCACAAGGAGUGAAGUGCUCUUAUAAAGGUCCUGCAGGGGGCUGCCUCACUUGCAUUUCCCUAAAAGUUGUAAGACUGUUUACAAUUAAACUUUUUGGUCCUUCA